AUGUCUCGUCAAGCCUACAGCGGCGCCUAUAGCCCCUCUACCUUCCACGAACAGAAAGCCAAGCGCGACGCUUCCUCUUCAUCAUCCAUCACCAUUUCCAUCACAACUUCUCACACCAGCACCAGCACCACCGUGUCUGGCGUCAACAACAGCAGCAACAACAGCAGCAGCACGAACUACGGAGGUGGCUCCGGUUUUGGCUCGGGCUCAGGUUCGGGAGCAGGUUCGGAAGGAGGUCCGGGAGGAGGAGAUUCGGGAGCAGGGUACUAUAACUCUUGCACCUCUACCAAUUUUCACGAUACGCCGCAAACGCUUCUCGAGUCCGGAGUGGGAAUGGAGGCAAUGAGGUGGCACGGGCAGUUUUCGCAGUUUUCUCGCUGA